AUGGUGAUCCAACAACCCUCCAACCAGAUCAAGCUCACCAACGUCUCGCUGGUGCGCCUAAAAAAGGGCAAGAAGCGGUUCGAGAUCGCCUGCUACAAGAACAAGGUGCUAGAAUGGCGCUCCGGCAUUGAAACAGACCUGGACAACGUCCUCCAAAUUCCCUCGGUAUUCCUCAACGUAUCCAAGGGCCAGACGGCGCCGUCGGCCGAGCUGGCCAAGGCGUUCGGCAAGGACACGCCGGUGGACGACAUCAUCCUGGAGAUACUGCGCAAGGGCGAGAUGCAGGUGGGCGAGAAGGAGCGCACGGCGCAGCUUGAGCGUGUGCACAACGAGGUCAUCUCCAUCGUGGCCAGCAAGCUGGUCGACCCGCGCACCAAGCGCGUCUACACGUCGGGCAUGAUCGAAAAGGCCCUCGACAUGCUCAGCGCCAACGCGCACCAGCAGCAGCAGCAGGACAAGGACAACAAGAAGGACAAUAACAACAACAACGACAGUAACAACCCCAGCGCAACCGGCACCCCCGCGACCGGCGAGGCCGGCGAGAGCAAGCCGCGGCCGACGUGGACGGGGGUGUCGGCGAACAAGAGCGCCAAGUCGCAGGCGCUGGAUGCGAUGAAGGCGCUGAUCGCGCAUCAACCGAUUCCCGUGGCGCGGGCGCGCAUGCGGCUGCGCAUCACCUGCUCGACCAACGUGCUCAAGCAAGCCGUAAAAGCUCCCAAGGGGGCGGCGGCGGCGGCGGGCGGGAAGGAUACAGAAGGAGGGGAUGGGGAGCCAAAGGCCCCCGGGACGGUCAAGGACAAGAUCCUCAGCUUCAUCGAGCAGAUCGAGAACCAGGAUGUCAUAGGUUCCGAGUGGGAGAUUGUCGGGUUCGUAGAACCCGGGGCUUUCAAGGGGUUGUCCGACUUUGUGGGAGGCGAAACGAAAGGGCAGGGGAGGGUCGAGGUUCUAGACAUGGCCGUCACCCAUGAGGAAUAA